CAUGGCUGGGCAACACCUUCCUGUACCCCGGCUCGAGGGAGUUUCGCGGGAGCAGUUCCUACAGCACCUCUACCCGCAGAGAAAACCACUAGUGUUGGAAGGAAUUGAUUUGGGGGCAUGUACAAGUAAAUGGACAGUGGAUUAUCUAAGCCAAGUCGGAGGGAAGAAAGAAGUAAAGAUUCACGUUGCUGCGGUUCCACAGAUGGACUUCAUUAGUAAGAACUUUGUAUAUAGAACAUUACCUUUUGACAAGUUGGUCCAGAGAGCAGCUGAAGAAAAGCAUAAAGAAUUUUUUAUUUCAGAGGAUGAGAAGUACUACUUACGGUCACUUGGGGAAGAUCCUAGAAAGGAUGUUGCAGAUAUCAGAAAGCAGUUUCCUUUAUUAGAAGGUGAUAUUAAGUUCCCAGACUUCUUCAGAGAGGAGCAAUUCUUUUCCAGUGUUUUUCGUAUUAGCUCACCAGGAUUACAACUUUGGACUCACUAUGAUGUUAUGGAUAACUUCUUAAUACAAGUGACAGGAAAAAAGCGUGUUGUACUGUUCAGUCCUCGAGAUGCCCAGUAUUUAUAUUUGUCAGGUACGAAAUCAGAAGUGCUGAAUAUAGACAAACCAGAUUCAGCUAAAUAUCCACUGUUUCUCAAGGCUAGAAGAUAUGAAUGUUGCCUUGAAGCUGGGGAUGUGUUAUUCAUUCCUGCUUUAUGGUUCCAUAACAUAAUUUCUGAAGAGUUUGGAGUGGGAGUGAAUGUCUUUUGGAAGCACCUUCCUCCUGAAUGCUAUGAUAAGACAGAUACCUAUGGAAACAAAGAUCUUACAGCAGCAUCAAGAGCAGCACAAAUUUUGGAUAGAGCCUUAAAAACACUGGCUGAAUUACCAGAGGAAUACAGAGACUUCUAUGCUCGGCGAAUGGUUUUACACAUUCAAGACAAAGCCUAUAGCAAGAACUUAGAAUAAAUAAAGCAGU